AUGGUUUUUGCGGAAAUGAGGGAGAAAACGAUGGCCUCUUCGGAGACAACACCCCUGUUGACCGUUCAGGUUGCACCGCAGCGGUAUCGCUACCCCCACCAUACAAUUCGUCGGACUUGUACAUUUUUGCUCACCUCACUGUUGGUGAUCGCUGGGACCCUGUUCUUGAUUCCGUCUGCGAUCCUACCUCGAGAACAUGGCUCAAUCUGGUCCUACCUUCCGUGGGCUCACCCUCUUCCAUACGAUUCAUGGCCGCGCGGUAAUGGACUUCCCUACGAUCAACUGGAGCAAAUACUUCUCAAUACUCCCUCGGCGGCUAAGGCGCGGGAGUGGAGCUCCUACUAUACCGCCGGGCCCCACUUGGCAGGUAAGAAUCUCAGCCAAGCUCUAUGGACCAUGGAAAAAUGGAAGGAGUUUGGUGUGCAAGAUACUAGUCUCGAAACAUACGAAAUUUAUUUGAAUUACCCAGUGGAUCACCGGUUGGCUCUGCUGAAGAAGACGGACAAUCAAACCGAGGUCACCUUCGAGGCCACCUUAGAGGAGGAUGAGUUGGAGGAAGAUCCCACCUCCAGUCUACCUGAUCGAGUCCCCGUCUUCCAUGGGUACUCGGCCAGUGGCAAUGUCACUGCCCAGUUUGUUUAUGCCAACUUUGGCACAUACAAGGACUUCGAAGACCUGGUCAAUGCCAAUGUCACCCUGGCAGGCAACAUUGCGCUUGUCAAGUAUGGCGGCGUAUUCCGUGGCCUCAAGGUAAAACGUGCACAGGAGCUCGGAAUGGUCGGCGUUGUCAUCUACAGCGAUCCCCAAGAAGAUGGGGAAAUCACUGAAUUGAAUGGCUACGAGGCCUAUCCCAACGGACCCGCCCGGAAUCCCAGUGCCAUUCAAAGAGGCAGUACACAGUUUUUGAGUAUCCUUCCAGGAGACCCAACCACCCCAGGGUAUGCGUCCAAGCCAGGCGUGGAGCGACAAGACCCACACAAUUCUAUCCCUUCCAUUCCCUCACUUCCCAUCUCUUACAAGGAAGCCUUGCCCUUUUUGAAAGCCUUGAAUGGUCAUGGUCCCAAGGCUGCAGAUUUCAACAAGUAUUGGCAAGGUGGUGGUUUGGGACACAAAGGUGUUGAAUAUAACAUUGGACCUUCCCCCGAGGAUGUUGUGAUCAAUUUGAACAACGAGCAGGAAUACGUGACGACUCCACUGUGGAACGUCAUUGGUGUGGUCAAAGGAAGCAUUCCCGACGAAGUCAUUGUGUUGGGUAACCACCGAGAUGCAUGGAUUGCUGGAGGCUCCGGUGACCCCAAUAGCGGAUCUGCAGCCCUCAACGAAGUUAUUCGUAGCUUCGGUGAAGCUCUCAAGGCCGGGUGGAAACCACUACGAACAAUUGUGUUUGCAAGCUGGGAUGGGGAGGAGUAUGGCCUCCUCGGCUCCACCGAGUGGGUAGAAGACCACCUCCCCUGGCUCUCAAAAGCCAAUGUUGCCUACCUUAAUGUGGACGUUGCUGCUGCUGGGACGGAGUUUGCUCCUCGAGCCGCGCCUCUGCUGAACAAACUUAUUCAUGAAGUUACUGGUCUCGUACAAUCCCCAAAUCAAACCGUGGCUGGCCAGACUGUUCGUGAUGUUUGGGACGGGAAGAUUGCCACAAUGGGCAGUGGCAGUGAUUUUACCGCAUUCCAGGACUUUGCAGGCGUCGCUAGCCUGGACUUUGGGUUUGGCCGGGGGCAAAAUGACCCUGUUUACCACUACCACUCCAAUUAUGACAGCUUUGCAUGGAUGGAGAAGUUUGGUGAUUCGGACUGGAGUCAUCACACCGCUUGCACCAAGCUGUGGGCACUGGCAGCGGCACGACUGGUUGACUCCCCCGUAAUAGCCUUCAGUGCCAAUGAUUAUGCCAAGGGCCUGCACUCGUAUCUCCGCCACAUUAAGCCCGCCGCAGAGCAGUUGUCUCCUGGAUCGCACUUCGAGUUUGCUCCUUUGGAUGUCGCCAUUGCGGAGUUCCAAUCAGCCGCGGAGAGAUUCGAUGAUUAUGCUGCUGAACUGGCUGAUCAACUUGACGAGCACGUUCCUUGGUACCACUGGUGGAAGAAGGUUAAACUCUACUUCCAGAUUCGCAUCGUCAAUGAUAAAUACAAAGGUUUGGAACGCGCUUUCCUUUAUGAACCCGGGCUCGACGGACGCAAUUGGUUCAAGCAUGUUGUUUUCGCCCCGGGGAUCUGGACGGGUUACUCUGGCGCCACGUACCCUGGUAUCGUGGAAAGUCUGGAGGCCCAAGACGUAAAGAAUGCCGAGAAAUGGAGCCGCAUCAUUCAAGAGCGGAUCCAUGCGGCAACCACCCUCUUAAUCUGA